ACUACAACUCCCAAAAUGCCGUGAAGCGCCGCCUUCAGAGCCUGUUCUUUUUGCCAAUGAGAUUUUGCACCUCCUCUGAUCUAGUGAGGGGAAAAAGCUUGAAGUCAGGCAGUAUUUAUUUUACUUGCUAACUUUACCGAGAAAGAGUAACAAGAUAAAGAUUAGAUAUGUCGUCCCUGAUUAAGAAAGUGAUCAGCACAGCGAAAGCACCAGCUGCUAUCGGACCUUACAGUCAAGCAGUGCUGGUAGACAAAACCAUGUACAUCUCCGGACAGAUAGGCAUGGAUCCUUCAAGUGGACAGCUUGUGCCAGGAGGGGUGACAGAGGAGGCCAAACAGGCACUUAAAAACAUGGGGGAAAUUCUGAAAGCUGCAGGCUGUGAUUACACUCAUGUGGUAAAGACAACUGUUUUGCUGGCUGACAUCAAUGACUUCAAUGCUGUUAAUGAAGUCUACAAGCAAUAUUUCAAGAGUAAUUUUCCAGCCAGAGCUGCUUACCAGGUUGCUGCUUUGCCCAAAGGAGGACGUGUUGAAAUUGAAGCCAUAGCAAUCUCAGGACUUCCCACAAAAUCAUGACUAUAAAUCAUGCCUUCCAGUGUUUUGCCAAUUGUAUUUGGUUUAGGAAUAAUGAUCAAUUUACUUCUAAUUCUUGAAGUUAACAUCAGGUACUAUAUGCCUUAAUAAAAUGUAAGACUUUCCAGUAUAGAAAUUACAUAAUAGGCAAAAAUGAAUGUGAAUUAAAGGUUUUGAUAGAGAAUAUAAUUACAGGGCAACAUUUACCAUGCGUGUAUCCACAAUACUGAGAGUGAAAGCUCGGGUAUGGAAAUUAUAGUAUUUCUCUUACAAAAUUAAAUAAAAACAAACAUUAGUAAUAAAUGCAGAGAAAAGCUUUUCUCUAGGGAUUCUUUUGUAUCUGAAAGUGAAAAAUUAACAUUUAUGGAAUUAAAUUCUACUAAGUUCAUGAUUUGAGAAAUAUUUGGCUGAUGUUCUUAUAAUUAACUAUUUAAUUUUUAUAAGCAAAAUUAAUCAGAAAAAAAUUAUUUUACACGUUCUUUCAAUUAGUUGCAUAUAAUGCCAAGGAUUUAAAAGAGGGCAAAUCCCUCAAAAAACCAUCAGCUUUUCAAAAAAAAAAAGAAUUUCCACUGUUAUAAUUGAAAUUCCUGGGUUUGUGGCAAAAAUUAAUGGAAAGGAAAAAAAUUCAAAAGAAAGAAGUUAAUGGACCAAAAAUUUCUAAAUGACAAUUUUUUUUCUAAUGGAAAUAAAAUUAAGACAUGUACAUUU